AUGUACGAGGGCGAUUGGGAGACGGCCAUCUCCCGAAACCUCACCGACCCUUUCGACUUCCAGCUGGGGGAUUGGUACGGGGAGACGUGGACCAAUUUCGCCAAGUACAGCCGCCCAACCCUUGAUGAUAGUUGGCCAGCAAUGUCCAAGACGGUGUCGCACUUUAACAUUGGAAAGCCGUCGGAUGGUGGAAUGAGGGUCGUGCCGGACUAUCGGGAAACUGACCGGAUCGUUUUCGCAAACGCGAUCGAUCAGCUCCUCAAAAUGAUGCCCUCGCAACCCAUCCGCGAGCAGGACAUGAAGCUGAAAGGGGCCUGGGGUGCCAAUAGA